AUGGAUCUUUUGUUUCUCACUCGGCUUUCCCGUCUCGACUUGCGUACAAGCGAGUCCUUCGACUGCGAGGAAUGCUUUGGCCAUGGCCCUUUCCAGAAGCGGAUGCUAUUCCUGAUUCUCCUGGGAACAUUCAACGCUCACUGCCAAGCACUUGUGGUGUCCCUCAUCACCGGCGACGUCGACCACUGGUGCAAGCCGCCCGAUGGCUUCAACAUCUCUGCCACCGAAUGGAAGCAUAUCGCCAUACCGAUGGAGACCGACGGAAGUUUCAGCCGCUGCCGCGUCUACGAACGCUGCAAGCCGCUCGCUAAACAUGACACACUGGUAGACCGCCAGGGCAUCGGUGCUGUAACACUCUCGGAGGAAUCAUGGUACAACCGAUGCUUCCCUGACCAAGUGCAGGACAUCAACAGCACGCGCGACGCUCCUUGCGAAGCGUGGGACUACGACGUUCGCACUGCUGAGAGCAGCGCAGUGAGCACUUGGAACAUGGUAUGUGACCGCCGGCUGAUGCGGGUUGUCCCCGUGGCCUUGCAGAGCUUCGGCAGCGUUGUUGCUCUCGUCCUGGUCGGAGCCUUCGCCGACUAUAUUUCUAGGAGAACAUUGCUGCUGGGAUCGGCCGUUGCAAUGCUUACGUGCACGAUAUCCACUUUCGUGGCAGCGGGAUACAGGUAUUACGCUAUGGCUCGUUUCCUAGCCGGAUGCAGCGUGGCCGUUAACGGAGUUUUCACCUACAUAAUCCCCUUCGAGUCGAUGACGCACGCUCACAGGCCGCAGCAGGUCCUCCUCCUGGCCGUCAUAGGCGUGGCUUUGUCCGAGGUAUGGACCGUCGUUAUCAAUCCAGUCGUUAUCGACUGGCAUCUGAAGCAGGUCAUCUACCUCGCCCCGGCAGCUCUGAUCCUUCCCGCGCUGUGCUUCGCGCCAGAGUCUCCCCGAUGGCUUGUAGCUAAAGGAAGGUUGGACGCAGCCGAGGCGGUUAUGAUGCGGGCGGCCACCAUCAACAACUUUCCGCUUCCAGCAACGGCGUGUCUCGUGCAGAAGCUCAAGGAACACCUCAAGAACAAUGCGGGUUGUGAAAGCGUCUACAGAGACGACUUGCUCGACGCUGGUUCCUUGAGGUGUCGAGCGCUGGUCCUGUUCGUCCUAGGUUUUUCAAUAUCAUUUGUGUUCAACGUCGUCGCCAUGUCCGUGGUUCAGUACAAGGAGUUUUGGAUCCCGGCCUUCACGGUCGUCAUAACGCUGCUGGCGUACGUAUUGAUGCACUACCUCAUCACCGGCGUCACCCUCGUCACUGUACUAAGCGUCUGCUUCGUGCUCGUCGGCUGCAUACAGUGUGCACUGAGCAUCGCGGCCGCCGCCACGUUGUCCAAGCUCACCAAGGCCUUGCUGGUGCUUUCUAAGGGCGUCUCGAACGUAUUCUUCAUCCACUGUUUGACGUACGUCAUGGAGCUUUUCCCAUCGGCACUUCGAGCUGGCCUAGGCUGCUGGACGUUCGCUUGCUGUGGCGUCGCAGCCAUGUGCGCCGUUUCGAUCCUCGUUCUGCAGCCUGCCGGACACGAAUACGUGGUCUUCGCCAUGACGGCGCUGUUUCCUUUCGCGUCCCUACUCAUGAUCCGUGAUCUGCCGAAAACAACUGUGGUUGAGGAAGCCAAAAUCGUGGCCCGGGGCCUUACAGACUCCAACAGAAUGUGCAUGGUCCACAUGAAGCGGACGCUGGAGGAUAAAACUCUGCGCCAAACGUCCCGAGUGCCAAGCAUCGAAAGCACCCGGUCAUCCAAGAGGAAGAGACCAAAGAGCACUGGCCGCAGCAGCUCUGGAAGCUCUAAGGCGUGUCCUCGGUCUAAUACCGGACAAGCGCCCGAGUGA